AGUACUCAUCCUUCAUUCUGCAAAUUAAGUCUUUUGUUACUUGUCUUUAAUCAACAAGCUACUCUUCACAUUUUGUUUUAUACGUGAAGUGAAGUGAAUAUGGGUAAAGCCAUCAUCAUCAGCUUGGCUCCUUGGUUACCCUUCUUCUCUAUACACUUGCCACCAAUGCUCAAAACAACCUUACUUUGCUACAUUCUGCUGUUCCUAAAGGAGCAGUUUGUUUGGAUGGAAGUUCACCUUCAUAUGCCUAUCACCAGGGAUUCGGAAGUGGAUCUAAAAGUUGGGUUGUUUUUAUGGAGGGCGGUGGUUGGUGUUUAUCAAAACAAGAAUGCCAAAAUAGAUCAACUCUGUAUUUUGGGAGCAGUUACUACACUCAAAAAGACGGCCCCGAUAUAUUUGCCGGAAUACUCGACACAGAUAGUACAUUGAAUCCAUAUUUCUACAACUGGCAUAAGUUUUUUAUCCAUUACUGUGAUGGCUCGGUAUAUAUGUCAGACAUCCAGCAAAUUGAAGUAGUUCUGGGUAGCAACGUCACCUUUCGAGGUGCAAGGAUUUACAAUGCUAUGAUAGAGGAGAUGCUCAACAGAGGAAUGAGGAAUGCCAAAAAUGCUAUCUUGACUGGAUCUUCAGCUGGUGGAUUGGCCACAAUCCUACAUUGUGAUAGGUUUCGAGCGGUCUUUCCAAAUUCUAGCAGAGUCAAGUGCAUUUCGGAUUCUGGAUUUUUUAUUCGCGGAAAGGAUCGUUUCGCCUACUGGAGUGAGCGACGUUUUGGUCAACUAAUUGCAACUCAUCAAUUAGUUGACUCAUUGCCCAAAUCAUGCACGUCCAAAAGAGACCCCAAUUUGUGUCUGUUCCCUGAAUAUUUGGUCGGGGAUGUUAACACACCUCUCUUUUUAGUUGACUCGACUUUUGAUUCUUUUCAGAUUGAUUACAACUUGAAAAUUUCUUUUGGUGGUCCGACCGUGUGGAGUAAUUGCACAAACAACUUCACCCUUUGCAACUCUACGCAAUUAGGGAUCCUGAGAGAUUUCCGAAGUAUUUUUGUUGGGGCGUUACUUGAAGUCGGCCAUUCUUGGAGUAGAGGAAUGUUUGUCGAUUCUUGCUAUCGUCACACCAACAUUCAGUACAAUGAAGGGUGGAUGUGCUCAUCUUUUGCAGGAAAUAAUGUACUCGGCAAUAAAAUGAUCGGGCAAGCUGUGGCCGAUUGGUUCUUUGAUCGAAGUUCCUUUGAGGAGAUAGAUAUUCGAAAUGAGUUGCCACAGAACUGUAGCAGGCCAUUUAGCCCGCAAUUAUUACAGGAAAAAUGCCGUGUGAUGCUAUCAUCUGAACCAAAAGUGUCUACCUCUUUUAUCCUACCUACUGUUCUUUAUGUUUGUCUGUUAAAGCUUAACUGCAUGUCUUGCUGGUUUCAGUUGUGGUCAUUUAAUUGAUUCCUAACAAAAUUAUCAAUUUUGUUGAAUUAUUUUACGAAUUGAUGGUAUGUAU